CGCACAAACAUCUAUGCACCACAGUGACAUUUUUCCAUAAUGUUGCGCCGCGUUUAUUGUAUCCACGUCGGUACCCGGCGAACGUCCUUGUGUAGAAAGAGAUAAGCCGCAGCGGACUGCAGCCUGUGUCUCUAUGCAGACGCAGUCUAUGGACGUGUAUUUCUAUGUGCGCCGACCCGCAGCUUUCGCCGGGGUCAAACAGCCAUCCAACCGUUCCCAGGAAGCAGUAGAGAGGGACUUCAGUCGACGUUUGUUGUUGUUGUUGUGACUGGCGCCGUGUCCACUCCCUGUCUGACAGUGUGGUCAACGGACCAGCGAGUGUUUUGUCGGUGUAGGCCGAAGUCUCUUCACCGGCGGAUGAAUGGCAAUGACGGCAGCGAGAGCGGUGGCAGCGGGGGGCCCGGCGUCUUUGUCCCGGUUUCGGGGCGCGCUGGUCGCGGCUGUGCUGGGAGACUGUGUCGGCGGAGAGUUUGAAGGAGCGGAGGAGGUGCCCAUGGAGAGUGUGUUGCAGCACCUGAACAGCCUGGACGACGAGACCAAAGGAAAUGGUAUCCUGGAGUACAGUGACGACACGGCAAUGGCACGCUGUGUGGUCCAGUCUCUACUCACCCGUGCUGGCUUUGAUGAGCAGGAUAUGGCUCGCAGGUUUGCUAAGGAGUACAGUGCAUCCCCAGGCCGUGGCUAUGGUUCUGGAGUGAUCCAGGUGUUGAAGAAGCUGUCCUCUCCUCAGCUCAGUGACGUGUACCAGCCAGCCAGGGACCAGUUUAAUGGUCGAGGCUCCUUUGGGAACGGGGGGGCCAUGAGGGCGGCCCCCUUCGCGCUGGCUUUCCCUGAUCUGGCUGAUGUUAGAAGGUUUGCCCGUCUGGGAGCCAUGCUGACCCACUCCUGCUCUCUGGGUUAUAAUGGGGCUGUGCUGCAGGCGUUAGCUGUGCACCUCUCCCUGCAGGGGGCGCUAGACCUGCCUCAGCAGUUCAUCAGCAGGCUAAUCACAGAGAUGGAGGAAGUGGAGGACAAUGAGGUGGCACGCAAUGAUGCCAGAAUCCUAAAAGAAGCAGACAAGCCGUUCUGUGAGCGCCUCCACAGAGUGAGAGACCUGAUGGACAGGAGCAAGGUCAGCGUAGAGGAGGUCAUUUCUGAACUGGGUAACGGCAUUGCGGCACUCCAUUCAGUCCCCACUGCCAUCUUUUGCGUCCUCCACUGCCUGCAGCCCCGGGAAUGCCUUCCAGAGAACUAUGGCGGCCUGGAGAGGACAAUAGCGUACAGCCUGGCCCUGGGAGGGGACACAGACACCAUAGCCUGCAUGGCAGGGGCCAUCGCUGGGGCCCACUAUGGCAUCGAGGCCAUCCCUCAGUUGUGGAUAAAGUGCUGCGAGGGGGCGGAGGAUGCAGACAUAAACGCAAAGCGACUUCACAUGCUGUACCACCAGUCAUCACAAGGAGGCGGGACUGGGACAGGGGAGCAGAGCUGUGGAGACGCAUCUGAAAGCCAGUCAAACGCUUCUAACGGCACAGAGAAGAAAACUGGAGCUGAAUGACUUUUCAACUGGAGUUUCACAAAAGGACUCAUGAACACACACACACAAAUUACACACAUGUAAAAAGAAAUCCCUUUCUGUUUUCAGACUGUGCUGUUAACUGGGAACCUGUGAUUAAGCACAGGCUAUUUCAAUAUUAUUAUUUUAGCUGUCAAAAUGGCUCAUUUUCUUUCCUCGUCCUAAUUGGAUCAGCACAUAUUGAGAACCCUACGCUUAUUUUUUAGAACAGGACAUAUUUACUUUAAAGACUAAGAAAAGAAGCUGUUUGUUAGGCAACAGAAUAAUGAAGCUGAACAAAUGAAACCAUGAAAGUGUCACCACACGGACGAGAUUGACUGCAUGAUGGGUCAUACAGAUAAUCAGUCUGUGUAUGCAUACAUGAUGCGCACACACACACACACACACUUCCCUUCCCUGCUCUUUCCUGUCUUGUGUUGAACAAUCUUUUGUCAUGUGAAAGUUGCACUAUAAAUUGGCCAUGUCUUGUUUUAUCCUUUUGGAGGAUAACAAUUAUUUAAUAAACUUUUUUUUUUAAAUCCA